CAUUAUCAAACUUGCCACCUCCAUCCCUAAGUGCUCCCUUCUACAGACUAACACUUACAAACAAUUUUCCAUUUCGCUACACACUCGCACAUCGGCAUAGACUAACGGUGCGAACACACCGGCGGUGAGCGGCGGCAUCGCUCUAAAGUGGCAUACAAACUCCAAGCGUCCCAUUCGUAGUUCCACCGUCGUGCACUCACCCUAACCCUCGAUCUUAGAGGCACAGUUCUUUUUGCCAUACAGCCUAUAAAUACGCGAGGCGCAUUAUGUUCGUAAACAGUCUUUUUUUACCAACCGCACCGCGUGGAUCUAACACAAUGUUUGCAAAAGUGGUUGUUGUUGCGGUGGUCCUCGCGGUGGCACGAUCAGCACCAAGAGAAGACAUGGGAUUGAAAAGUAUGCUGAGGAUAUAUGAAGAAUGCCAACGGACUGACGGGAUCGUUCCUUGCUUGAAAAAGAAGGCUAUACUUUUCUUCGAUCGAGUGGCGAGGAUGGAAGCUAUUCCAGUUAUAGAUGGGAUUGAGGUUAUCAAAGCUUCGGAGCCUGAAGUAGCGCCUAUAAGUGAAAAGGACAUUGAAGCAACGCUGCCGAGGAAUCUUCAGGAUAAGGAUGAGACUCUUUCAGAGAUGCUGUGGGACAGGAUUGCGUCCUUCGCCAAUUCAAGGACCAUUCAGCUGUCCCUUCCCAAAAUGACAGGACAGGAGCUGAAUAGGGGCGUCGAAGAAGGACGAGGCAAGAUGAAGAAGAUGAUGGGAAUGAUGGCGAUGGGUUUCGCGAUGAAGAUGGCUGCCAUGGUCCCUCUGGCUAUUGCUGGACUCUUCAUACUGGCUGGCAAGGCCCUCAUAGUCUCAAAGAUUGCUCUUCUCCUCUCAGGCAUCAUAGCUCUCAAGAAGAUCAUAGCACAGAAGAACAGCGGUGGCGGCCAUGACAGCGGCUGGUCUUCGGGCGGCAGCAGCGGUGGCUGGGACCGUCGUUCGUACAACGACGUCUCAGAGCUCGCCUAUUCGGCCUACAAGAAAGACUAA